AUGGCGGUCAAAAAGAGGGUUCUCAAAGAGUCCUUUUUUGCCUCACCUCUCUAUGAUUUCUUAUCACCUUUCAGGCCUGUCGCCAGUCAAUGGUAUGCAGAAUAUAUUAUUGUGUUGUUUUCUCUGGUUAUAAGAUGCGCGGUCGGCCUAGGCUCUUUCUCCGGUGAAAACACACCACCAAUGUAUGGUGACUUUGAAGCACAGAGGCAUUGGAUGGAGCUCACGGUAAAUUUGCCAAUUUCGAAAUGGUACUGGUAUGAUCUUCCGUACUGGGGAUUAGAUUAUCCCCCACUCACAGCAUAUCAUUCGUAUGUCUUGGGGUUACUAGGCUCCCUUCUGAAUCCCAAUUGGUUUCAAUUGGAUUCGUCACGGGGCUCGGAAUCUCAAGAUCUCAAAUCAUUCAUGAGGUUUACUGUCGUACUCAGUGAAGCAUUACUGUAUAUUCCGGCCGUGAUUUACUUUACCAAAUGGGUAGGCAAAAGAAGAGGACAAUCUCCAAUUGGCCAGUAUAUUGCAGCUGCUGCAAUUCUUUUUCAGCCGUCGCUGAUAUUGAUUGACCACGGCCAUUUUCAGUACAACUCUGUCAUGCUGGGACUAACGGUAUACGCGAUCAACAAUUUGCUAGAUGGUUUCUAUGCUCCGGCGGCCAUAUGUUUUGUUUUGUCUUUCACUUUCAAACAAAUGGCCCUCUAUUAUUCUCCAAUUUUUUUUGCAUACAUGCUCAGCAAGUCUCUUAUUUCACCUUCUUUCAAUCUGCCUCGACUGUUUGGAAUUGCUAUUGCCACUGUUCUUUCUUUCGGUGCCAUUUUUGCACCUCUAUAUUUAUUUGGUGGACUACACAAUGUGCUGCAGUCUGUCCACAGAAUAUUUCCUUUCGCUAGAGGCAUAUUUGAGGACAAAGUUGCUAACUUUUGGUGCGUUUCAAACGUGUUGGUCAAGUAUAAUGAAAAAUACACACAGAUUCAACUUCAAAAAUAUUCAUUGUAUGCUACAGUUGCAGGUCUUUUUCCAGCCUUUGCGCUCGUGUUUUUCUACCCAAAAAAGCACAUGCUGCCCUAUGGUUUGGCUGCCUGCUCGAUGUCUUUUUUUCUUUUCAGCUUUCAAGUUCAUGAAAAAUCGAUUCUAGUACCUCUGUUGCCUAUUUCCCUUCUUUACUGUUCUACGGAUUGGGAUGUCCUCUCCAUGGUCAGUUGGAUAAACAAUGUUGCCCUCUUCACGUUGUGGCCGCUAAUAAGAAAAGAUGGUUUAAUUCUACAAUAUGGUGUCUUGAUGUUGUUGAGUAAUUGGUUAAUUGGGAAUUUCAGCUUUGUUACGCCAAGAUUUCUUCCACACUUCUUGACACCGGGCCCAUCUGUCAGCAAAGUUGCUGAUAGUUAUAGAAGAAGGAGCCUAUUGCCAGGGAAUAUUUUAUGGAAAUUUAUCAUAAUUUCUUCAUAUUGCGCUAUGGCAGUGAUUCAUGUCUUAGAUUUGUUCGUGUUGCCACCUGAAAAGUACCCUGAUCUAUGGGUUCUUCUGAAUUGUGCUCUUGGCUUUGGUUGUUUUGGUCUAUUUUGGCUUUGGACAUACUAUCAGAUGUUUAGAAUGAGAAAUAAGACAUUAUACGAUCUGUAG